AUUUAAUUCAAAGAGAGGGAAAAAGAGCAUCUUCAAGAUUCUUCCUCUGCCCACAAUUAAACCAAAAACAUUAACUUUGCUUCUUAUUUCCUCAUAUUUCCUUACGUUUUCCAAUACCCAAUUCCCCAAAUUUCGAUUCGAAAUCAUCAAUUUCUGAUUUCCACCCACCCACCUUCAUACAGAGAUGAGACCAGUAGGUGAAUUGGCAAUUUCAUCAUCUUCAUGGUUGCCGACAUCCCACAAUUCAGUCCCAACCUCGCCUUCGUUCACUUCUUCCUCGUCCUCUCGGCCUGUUUAUAUGAACUAUGUUUUACUCUCUGCACUCGCUGCUUUCGCUCUUGCGCAGUCCAUUAAGGUCUUCACCACCUGGUAUAGGGAACAUCGUUGGGAUCUUAAGCAACUCAUCGGAUCUGGCGGCAUGCCUUCAUCCCAUUCUGCAACAGUAACUGCUCUUGCGGUUGCUGUUGGUUUACAAGAUGGCCUUGGUGGUUCUUCCUUCGCAACUGCACUCAUCAUAGCUUGUAUUGUCAUGUAUGAUGCAACUGGUGUUUUGAAUCAAAUCGUAUACGAACUUCCAGCUGAACAUCCUUUAGCUGAGAGCAUACCUUUACGUGAACUUCUUGGCCACACCCCUCCUCAGGUUAUUGCUGGUGGCUUGCUGGGCACGAUGACAGCAACAAUCAUUUACUUGAUCUCUUAG